UUUCCUGGCAGGGCCCAAUGAUUUAUGCAGGAGCAGAGGCAGCACGCAAUCGAGCUGUCAAGAGAGCGUCAGCUUAUUAGGCAAAUGCUGCGUGAUUUCAGAAGAGGGUCGACGCUAUAAAAUCCCACUCCAGGCUCUGGUGUGGAGAAACUCAGAGCCCAAGUCCGUUGAGAGACUGAAGAGGAAGAGAAGAGGGGAGAAAAAACCCACAGGGGAAACAAAGGAGAGAGAAAGAAAACCCCUGAAGAAGCCGGGAGACAUUAAUCUGCAGCAGCUGCCUCAGAAGUGCCUCUAACAUGAGACUGCCGCUGCUGGUGACCGCGGGCGUCCUGCUCGUGGCUCUCCUGCCCUGCCCGCCAUGCAGGGCUCUCCUCAUCAGGGGGCCCGUCCCAGGCGCCCGACAGGCCCCACAACUUCCCCAGCCCCUAGAUUUCUUCCAGCCGCCGCCGACGCAGGUCCUUCCAGUUCGGCAGGUCCCGCUCAUCCUGGGGGAAGAAUACUUCUUCCGCCAAGGUAGCCUCAAUAAGAGCCCCGCUGCUCCCCUCUGGUCAGCCUCCUCGCCCCUCGCCGGCCGCAGCAGCAGCCACCUUUCCCCUCAAGAGGUAGCCACCAACUUUUUCCGCGCGUUGAGGCAGCUGCGGUCGCUUCCCCGGCGCCCGCUCGAGAGACCUGCGGGUCCCCCUGAGCGUGGUGCUGAGAGCGCCCUCCGCGGUCCACAGGAGGCCCCGGAAAGGGAGAGGCGAUCCGGGGAAACUACCACCUCACUGGAUCUCACCUUCCACAUCCUCCGAGAAGUCUUGAAAAUGGCCAAGGCUGAGCAGUUAGCACAGCAAGCUGAAAGCAACAGGAAACUGAUGGAUUUUGUUGGGAAAUGAAACGGUGCGUUUGGCCAAAGCGAUUCUGCGUUUGGCCAAAGUGGUUCCGCAUUUAGCACAAAAAUAAAAAUAAAAAAUAAUAAUACAGUAUUCUGUACCAUAGUGUGGCUCUGAUACCAUUUGUUUAUUUUUAUAUAGCUUGAUACGUAGAGGAUGUAUAGCAAGAGCGCCUGUUCUCCUUAAUUAGAAUGCACAAAGUGUAUUCAUGUGAAGUAAUAGCGACAAAAUAGUAUUUGUAUUGUCUACUUUUAGUUUCCAUUUCCAGGUGUCUUUAAUGUGUUUAAAAGAGUAUAGACCCAGGAGGAAACGUUUUGAAGAAGAAGACAGAAAUCACCAAUAUGAUUUUGCUGUGGUCUGAAUCAAAUAGAAUGUCAUUCUCUUUGGUGGGUGAGAGAAAUCAUGUAAGCUCUUUGAAAUCAACUUUUUCUUGUAAAUGUUUCAGUAAUAAAACAUCCUUACAAUCCCUGGUCAAU